AUGGACUCCAUGCGGAGUUUAAAUACAUCCCUGCCCGGGUCAUCGGGCCAGAAGCAGACAACACAAAAUGACUCUCCCGAGCAACUCCUCGAUGCUUUCAAGGCUGCCGCCCUCUCUGUCACAAAGCUUUACAAGACCUCUGCAGCUAGCCAGGCCAAAGCACGUCUCGACGGAUACCAGGAUUGCUUGGACGACCUUCUCGCCUUCCUCGACAAAGGAAAUCUGGGUGUGGGCGACGGGGAGGGUUGGAGGGUUCGCAAAUGGGCCACCGAAAGACUCGACGGUCGGGACUCUCCAUCGCAGACAGCCGAAAGCGAGGACGAAGAUCAAAAGCCAGAGAGAACCUCUUCGCCGGAACUGACACGAACGGUCAGCGGAAACCCUCAAUCAACAAUGCGCGAGGACAGUCAAACUCAAACAGAGUCGACACCACCCACCGCUUCCCCGGCUCUAGUCGACAACGCGCAAGUCACUGUUCCAAGCCAGGAUAGCUUCACUUUCCAGUCAUCACACCCUUACCCGCAAGAUGCGUAUCUCAACAUCGCAAACCUCGACCUGUCCGAUUCUCGCGGUCACGACUCGCUUCCGUCGCAUGUUACUUCCGUUACCUCCACCACCACCAACGCUCCCACCAAUCGUGCCUCUCGAUUACGACACAACGGUGUUGGAGCGAGACUAGGGGCCAGGCAAGCCAACCAACUUGGGCGCGGGGCUGGAUCAAAGAGAAAGAUCAAUCUUGGCGAGAUAUUCGACCUGGGCAGCCUCGGCCACGACAAGAACAUGUUCGGCGGCGGAAGCAAGCGAAGUCGGCACUCCUGA